UAUUUUUGUUGGAAAGUGCGGCAGUGAAAUGUCAAUUUCUGGCACACUUACCGUCACAUGUCCUUUAGAGGCCCUCCGGUGUAAGUGUGUGUGUCUCCGUCAGAUCUGAGAACAAGGGGUUUGGCUAUGGCUGCUCAGGUCACAGAAUCAGAUCAGAUUAAACAGUUCAAGGAAUUCCUUGGCACCUACAACAAACUGACCGAGAACUGCUUCAUGGACUGUGUGAAAGACUUCACUACAAGAGAGGUCAAAGCGGAAGAGACCUCGUGUUCUGAGAGCUGUCUACAGAAGUAUCUGAAGAUGACACAGCGGAUCUCGAUGCGCUUUCAGGAAUAUCAUAUCCAGCAGAAUGAAGCUUUAGCAGCCAAAGCUGGCUUAUUAGGCCAGCCACGAUAGUCGACUACUGUGUGUUUUACAGACUCGUAUCGUCAGGCUGUAACUCUCACCCUGCCUGCUUCAUACUGGACUGAUGAGGCAGAGGACAGCGAGUCAGAAGAUGAUGUCCUCCUAUUAGGUUCAGAUCCUUAUCAGUGGUGGGAGGUUUCUUUCCUGUUCUUCCGAUUGUGAAGACUCACCAGGUCUUAUUCAGGCAUAAUGUGAAGGUAGCAUUUUUUGUUUGUUUGCUUUUUAAGUAGUCAUGGCCUAUUUAUGUCAUCACUGCAAAUUGUAUGUGACAAAUAAAACAAGGAAAUAAGUACGUUUUA